AUGAAGAAAAACAUUCACUCAAAACUGUUGGCAUGCCAAAAAAGAAAAAAGAGAAAACAAAACUUCUGUUCACAACAAACAUACACCUGUUGGUCCAUUUUGAAAACAUUUGUGAAAUUAUACAAUACGGAUCGUGUCAAGCAAAUGAAUCAUUUCAUGACCGAUUAUUCUUCCAUGGCAAAGAAAUGGCCAAGAACGAACAUUUGUUUACAAUUAGAUCUGACAACAGACAAGGCAACGAAUUGUCUUGAGAAAAUGCAAGAUUUACUCCAUCGAGAACAACAACAAGUGGAAUUAAUGACGAGAAUGCAAGAUUUUUUCACAAAUCCACAAACUAUUUGUUAUGACGAAAACAUUGAAGUUUCCUCAGAAUUGGUGAACAAACUUUUUGGAAAAUUGAAGGGUGUGUUUUUGACAAAUUUUGAAAACCGUGCCAAUGAGAGGAUGUUAUUGGAAUAUGUUGUGUUUUGUGAUUGUGGAUUUCCUUUAACCAUAUUUACAGAGAGUUCUAAAAAAGUAGACACUUAUCGACGAAGUGUUAGAGGAAGUGAAUUAGUAUCCAUCAAUUCCAAAACAUUAUUUACCAAUAACAAAUAUUAUGAUGAACGUGGUGAACUCGAAACCGAAUUUUCAACCACAUACGACUUGAAAUUGCUCGACUUUGUCAAGACAGUCCUUCUCGAUACAAGUGAGAUGAGUCCAGAAGAUCAUCAAGUCUUUGAAUCAUCCUCAACGAUUGGCUUCAAGUAUGGUAUCAUUUUGUUAUUGAGCUCGUUUAUCAAUGUGGGUAUUUUGUUGCCGAUUGAGAUUGAUUUUCCAGAGGAGGGAAAUUUGCAACAAUUUCCGUAUUGUCUUGCUCCACAAAUGGAUGAGCUUAUGGAUGAUUUUAUUGAUGAUUCAGAGGUGAAUAAUGAAGAAAGAAAGUCCUGGCAAUAUUUUUAA